GAGGCGUGCUGGUCGAGACGGAGAGAGGGAAGGAGAGAGAAGCGCUCGCUCGAUCGAACCGGCACCAAGGCACCGACACGAAAUUAGUUUUUCCUUCGUGUUACGGUGCACAUUGCUUUGUAGAAUUUUUUUUUUUACGCAUACGCCAAGCAACGUAACGGAUGAGCAUUAAUGUAGUUUAACAAACUUUUCGAAGGAUCAAAAUCGAUAUGAGAAUGGUCAUAGUAUUUCGACGUGCGACAUUGACUUGAAUCAAAGAACGCAGGAGCCUCGACGACGAACUACGAAACCUUUCAUUUUGGACUGAUAAAUAAACGAUAUUAAUUUUUGUGUGCGAAAUCGAUUCCUCAUGUCCUUCGAAAUGCGACUCGAUUCCAUUCAAUUUGUUUUUUGAGUAACGUGUUUUUAUGCAGGAGAACAACAAAAAGUGAAGUGUACAAAUAAAAAUGUCCACGAUUAUAACGACGCUGAUAGCGAUGAACUUCUGAAAAAUUGUGUGCGCGAUAUUUUAAGCUUUCCGUCUGUAAUCAUUGUUUACGAAAAUCAGAUUAACACUCGGAAAAUCAUUGCAGUUCGAUUGCGUGGCAAUCCAAACCGGACAGAACUGCCAAAACUGUAAAAAGCCCUUGAAAACACCACUGCCAUACGAAUUAAAUCCGUCGUCGAAGAGACAAUAAAAAAUAAGUAAAACAUGAAAUAUCACACGCGAGUUUCAAGUAUUGCGACGUUUAAAAAAACGGCUCGGUAAUUUUGUCGUUGAUUUAAAUCGAGGAGGAGCGUAAAUGUAUUAAAAAUGGCGCCACGUGUCGAUCGGCGAAAAGCUGGACGCCGCACAAUGCCGUAAAAAAGGAAACGAGUAAAAAAAACAAGCGAUGACCGAAGAGAACUGACGUCGGACUGCCGAUUGCUUUCAUAAGAGUACUCGCGAAACACCGGAAGUACGGGAGGAAUUUGUUUCGGUUAUUGUUUCAUCCAAUACUACAGAACGAAUUAUAAAAUCGGAGACGAAAUGCCGUGGAUAAAGUGUUUGGGCGGAGGUGGCAGCAAGGCGAGGCGUGGAAAAUCGCUGACUGUAAGUCAACCAGUUCACCUGCUCGUCAAGAGUGAGUUCGAGCCUCAGUGUCACGUGUUUCGUACGAAACAACUGCGAAGAUCACGACCGUGCCAUCUUUGCCACCAAUCCAUAAUCAAACAGGCAUCUUGCUGCAGAGUUUGCAAGUACACUUGCCACAAAACCUGCGAGGACAAGGGGGCGAGAUUUCGAGACACGUCGCAACAGAUUCACAAACAAUGGCAAGCCGACCCGGCCAGGGCUUUUCCAUCGGUGGGCGGAGUUGUUGGUAAUUUGCAAACGUCACAAAGAAUCGUCGGUUCGAGUGACAUAUCGUCAUCGAAUUCGACAUCGAGUCCCAGCCCGAGUCCGACGAGCAACGGACAUCAAAUCACGCACAAUGGUAGCUACGAAGCUCAACCCAAUGGGAGGAGCUCCAUCGGAAUGGCUGGGGGUAAACAUUAUCAGGUGCAAAAAGCGCCAUCGGCAACUAUAUCGAGAACACCGGGCGUGGGCGCGGACGCCACGUGUACCGGCAAAUCCGGUGGCCGGGUCAGUGAAAUAAUGGAACUGUGCUACGUAACCGAGAGGAUAAUCGCGCUUUGGUACAGAGAAGAUGCUCAGGGCGUACUGGAGCAUGCAACGACACUCUUGCGAGGGAAGCACGCCGACAAUUACAUGAUCUUCAAUUUAUCGUCACCAGGACGAAAUGGCGAAUCCAACACUCGUGAGGUCGGCUGGCCUCAGGGCCUUGCACCGAGUCUUGAACGGCUGUGCGCCCUCUGCAAGGAGCUCGAUUCCUGGCUGAACGCGGCGCCGAACCGAGUCGUCGUUCUGCAUGCCAGAGGAGGAAAGGAACGUCUGGGCGUAGCAGUAUCCGCGUACAUGAAUUACAGCAGCAUAUGCGGUGGCCGGGAUCAAGCUUUGGACAGAUUCGCCAUGAGAAGAUUCCUCGAUGACAAAAUUGGGCAUCUCCAUGUCCCAUCACAUCGCAGAUACGUCGAGUAUUUCAGCGGUCUUCUCGCCGGCUCCCUGAGGAUAAGCCCAUCUCCGCUUUAUCUAACUCACGUUACAGUCCUCGGUGUACCACUAUUCGAGCCAACCGGAUGUCGUGCUUUUCUCAAAGUAUACGAAGGCCUCACGCCCGUAUACACUUCCGAUCUUUAUUCUGUUACCAACGCACGAGAAUUCACCAUCAAUCUUGGAGGCUUACGGCUUCGCGGUGAUAUACUCGUCAAAUGUUAUCACAGGGUUUACUCCAAACAGAGCCGGGAAGUUAUGUUCUCGCUUCAGUUUCACACUUGCGUCAUCACAGAAAAUGUCGUGUCGUUUCCGCGGUCGGAGCUAGACGUUGCUUGCCAGGACCCUCGCUGUCCAACCGACGGCGUCGUUACACUUUAUUUCGCAACUGAUGCGAGGCGUCAGGACGGUCCUAUACCAGCACCCACUCCCGCUGUGCCUCACGCUUCGGCUCAUCACGACCCUAUUUUGCACUGGGACAGCUAUACAAAUCUGGAAAAUAGCGACGACGAAGGUCGUGAAACGCCACUUUCGCCACCGCCACCAUCGAGUUCAUCGGUCCGCACAUCACCACGUGGAUUAGGAUACACAUGUGGUCCAAUAGAUGGCUCGCUGUACGCAGUGGUUAAUCAGGGUGCCGGAAGUGGUGCCCGGGGCUCCCCAUUGACGGUAUCUAUGGACAGUGGUAUAAGCAGCGCACCCCCGCAACGACCAAGUCCACCGGAGCCCGAGCCCGAGAGUCAGGCGCACGGUGAUCUCGAUAAGCUUUUGCACGAUAUGAUGCUGACUGUCGAGUCGAUGCCAGAUCCACCGAGCAGCGAGGAAUACAACAGACUAAAUCGACGAUCGGACAAAAUGUACAUUCACGAGUCACGUGGCUACGGGAACAGCAAUCCAGCCUCGAAUUAUUCGAGCGUUAAAGAAUCGAACUAUCGAAAUUACGGUUCGUCAAAACGCGACACAAGCCCAUCUCACAACACGAGUACCAAUAAUUAUGGUAGCCUUAAAAACGAGACAAGAAACAUGGACAUUGUUGAUUAUAGAAUUUCAACGGAUCGUAAAAAUCAUGAUUCCAUCUCAUCGAACCCGAAACAAAAUCAAUCUUUCUCACCGUCCGGUAAUAUUGAUUUUAUAGACGAGGACAUUCCUUAUCACGCGAGACAAACCAGUCAACCAUUUAGUUACGGUGCUACGAGCGAUAUGAUCAAACACCAAAAACUUUCGUCUCCGUCCCUCGUGAGAAAAGCUACUAUGAGAGCGACCACCAAUCCCGUCGUUGAUAUCGAUGAUAUCCUCGCUGAUAAUUCACGAAGACCCAUCAGUCCGCUCAGCCCACAUACGCCUGAUCCACCGCCCGAAUUCGCUAAUGGAUCUGCCAAACUAAAUUCUGAUCACGCUGAUGGACUCUCCUGGCUGAGACAACAGCAGCUGAAACUCGCGGCCAGGCGGGAUGAAAGAAGUCCAGGAAAAAUGUGGCGCCAAGAGAGCGGAAAUCGCGUGAUCGGCGAACUGCGAAGUCUUCAAAGAGGACGAUUGAGGCACGAUGGUUACGCCAGCGAUUCGGCUGUGCUCGAUGAUGACGACGAGCUUUGGACUACCAAUACCAUCUCGUAUCAGCAAAGCUCAAAAGGAGUUCCGCACACAUCGGCUCCAGCGAGUCCUCUUUUACCUCAAAGAUCGAGCAGCCGAAAAUUCAACGGUGGCAUGAUGAACGGAACACUGGGAAGACCUCGAGCCGAAAGUGUCAACGAGAGACCUUUCGUCUCCGUCAAACGAGCCUACGAAUUCCAGAAAUACAGCGACGGCCAGAGCCCUCAGACAUCCCCAAAUGGGGCACAAAAAACAGCACAGCAAUUAGGCGUAGGGCAACAGCAAUCAUUAAACAGCAGGGGCAUCGUGGAGAAGCAGCAGCAGCAGCAGCAGCAGCAGCAGCAGGAAGAGAUAACUAAUCGAGGAAGACAACAGCAGCAGCAGCCGCCUCGUCCCGAUUCGAGAAGCGAUAGUUACGGACGUACUGAGACGUUGCUGAGAGAGCACCGCCAAAAUUCGAGCUCGUUGACACCGUGUUUGAAUAAUUUACAGGAGAAUACAACAGCCCAAAGAUUUACGACGCAUCCUGAGUCGAGAAACGAUGGACAAGCUGUUACGGGCAAUUUUGAAACGACGAAAAACUAUUAUUCGGAUCACACGAUAAAUCAGGAUGCGAAAGAUAACGAGACGGGACUUUUGGCUGUCGUCGAACAAAAAACCAGCCGAGAAUCGAACGAUCCUCUCGUCAGCCUCAUGCGAUCGUUGGCCGAAAUGUCACCUGUCAAAAAAUCAAUAUUGACUAAUAAAAAUGAGAACAAUAAUCAUCUUCAAUUCCACCAUCAUCAUCAUUCUAUUUCCACGCCAUCGUCAACAACUUACAACAGCGACACCAACACUGACACUAACAGUUCCCCUAACCAGUCACCAAAAGCAUGGCAGUGUAGUACCCAGCCACCACAGAACGAUUCACCUUCGUCGUGGAUCGAACGAAGCGCCAGUCCCGGAAGUGCGGGAGUCGGAAAUGCCUCGAGGCCACAAACACCAGCAUUUCCGGUUCAUCCCCGAACACCGUACGUCAAUAAUUCAUCGCCUACAGUGACAUUUGCGGCAGAUCGUAAUUACGUCGUUUCUAACAAUAUCAAUCACGACACCUCGACUUACGCCAUCAACAACAAUAAUAUUCACAAUGCCGAUUCUCACGUCGGUAACAAUAUUAACAACAACAACAUACGUGGCUAUGUCGCUGAUCGGGCUAUUUACAUCGAGGAAAGACGAGACAUUAAUCGGGAGACGGGACUUCCUCCCAAGAGUCCGACGACACAGCGACGUUUGAGUUUUCCGGCAAGCGGUACGCUUAAGCAAAUGCAUAACAAACGAUGGCCACUCACUAACCAGUCGGCGUCGUUCGACUAUAGCAAGGACCGGCCUGUCUCACCGACGAGCGAUUCAACGAUUUCGGAAACACACACGGUCAUUCGUCAUACUGGAACACCGACGCAGGUCGAUUUUACCCAAAGUCCCAAGAGCGCUACUUCGUACAGUUCGGUUAAUAGCGGAGGUCAUUCGUCUCCUCAGGUACAACACUAUGGCUCGAGACGAUCGAGCAUUCACUCAAACACCGAGCCUCAGGAGGUUGCUGACGUAAACGUCAAGUUUGUAAGGGAUACGAGCAGGAUUUGGUACAAGCCCAAUAUUUCUCGAGAACAAGCUAUUUCAAUGCUCAAAGACGCAACGCCCGGUACCUUCGUAGUUCGUGACAGUAAUUCAUUUCCCGGAGCCUUCGGUUUGGCGUUAAAAGUCGCGACCCCGCCUCCUGGUGCACCGAGCAGUCCAAAAGAUCCAUCGAGCGAAUUGGUCAGGCAUUUUCUCAUCGAACCAACCUCGCGUGGUGUUCGACUGAAGGGUUGCGCUAACGAGCCAGUAUUCAGUUCGUUAUCCGCUCUUGUUUAUCAACACAGCCUUAUGGCCAUGGCGCUGCCUUGUCAAUUGUUACUCCCUGAACCCGAGGCUGCUGCUCGAGCUCUGGACUCACCGAGCUCCAAUAGUACGCAACAACUUCUCGCCCAAGGAGCAGCUUGCAACGUUUUAUACCUCUUUACCAUCGACACCGAGUCUUUAACAGGGCCACAAGCAAUUAAGAAAUCGAUAACGACCCUGUUCGAACAAAAACCAUUGCCGACGGCAACGAUCGUACAUUUCAAAGUUUCGACGCAGGGAAUAACGCUCACAGACAAUGCGCGCAAACUUUUCUUCCGCAGGCAUUACCCCACGAACAAUAUAAGCUACUGCGGUUUGGACACUGAGGAAAGAACGUGGGACUUUGUCAGCGAUGACACGGGACGACCGCUGAGUGCUCAUCGCUGCUUUGGUUUCGUCGCAAGAAAGCCAGCUCACAAGACCGACAAUCAAUGUCACGUGUUCGCCGAAUUGGAGCUCGGACAGCCGGCAACGGCGAUCGUGAAUUUCGUGAAUAAGGUCAUGAUGGGAAGUGCUGCGAUAAAAGCCAACAUUGUCUAAGCAUGGACAAAAAAAGGGUACGAAAACAAAAUCGAAAAAACUCAGCACCGAUUUUGUUUCUGGGACUAAAUAUAAAUCUUCGUCCUCGACGAAAUCGACGAGAAUCUCGAAACGCAUAGAUCUGCCUAGAAUUUGCCCCGCGAGCUCCGACGCGAUUGGAUCGAAAUCCAAUUAUACGAAAGAAUUACUUGACCCACCAAAAGGAAACGAAUAUGUGGACUCAAGUCUUGCAUGCAAUUGUACGAUUAGACAAAUGUUACCUGUUCUUCGUGAAAAUGUCCAUUUCUCAUAAACGAACGACGUCGGAACACGUUCGACGAUUUAGAAGAAACGAAAAUAUUAAUAUCAGUUGUAUUUAAUCCUCGGGUAGAGUUGAAAUAAUAGAUUCAUUUACGACACGCUGUCAACGCAUGCUGCACACGAUCGUGAAUGAAAAAGAAAGAAAAAAAAACGGAAAAAAAUCGAUGAUAAAACACAAACGCGAAUACGAUAAAGCGAGAUGAACUGUAAAGUCGAAACCUGCAUCUUCGGAACGCGUUGGAAUUCAAUGUGUUUCUCAUUGCAUUUGAAAUUCCAUUGCAAACAGUUGCAUUUCUUCUAUACAAAUUCAGCGACAGAUUCAACCGAAAAUGAUAGUCAAUUUUGAGCACUGCGAGACUCAACAAUUUUUUGACUUCUCAGAGCUUUUCGAUGAUACAAAUUUCGACAUUCUCGUGAAAAAAAAAAAAAACAGAUAGAUUGUCUGCGAAUUGAAAUCAUGAAUAUUACGAUAGAUCUAUAUGACGUUAUUGUCGUGGGUUCAUUGGAAAAAGAACCCGAAUGUUAAGUCGUUGCCACGUGCCCAUUAUUGUCAUAACUUUUAUCUUACAUACGAGAUAAACAAAAGAUGUUCAUAACUGUAAAUAACACUAAGGCCUUAGAAAGAGUGAGAGCGAGAGAGAGAGAGAGAGAGAGAAAAAAUAAAACAAAAAAAGAAAAAGAAGAAAGAUAGUGAGAAGAAGAGAAAGUAUUGAAGAAUUGAGCUGAAAAUUAUGAUUAGCUAAUUAAUCGAUAAUACCUUCUCUCGAAAUAAAUGAUAGAUAUUCGAGGAUAUGGGAUGGGGGAAAAGGGAUAAAAGAUAAAAAAAAAACCGCGAUUUUAACAACCGUUUCAAAUAAAUUGUUUUUCAGCUAUUUGAAAAAUAAUUUGAAGAAUAUUGGCGCAGAAUCACGACCGAGAACUUUAUCGCACACAAAAUUUGAUCCGAGCCUCUUGAAAUUUGAUUUUAGAAAACUACUUCAUACAUAUUUCUACGAAGGUCCGAAUAACGAGGCAAAUUUAUCUGAUAUUUGAUGAUUUUUUUUUUUUUUUAGACUUUUCUCGACAUCAAAGUUCUGACGAAACUGUUUGUUUGAAUGAAUUCAUGAAGUUGACCUGACUCUUAAUUUUUGAAGUUGUCGUGUGCGCAAAGCAUCCUCAGAUAUCUGGUUUACGAAAAAUCUUGAAAAUAUGUGUUACUCGAGUUAAGUGUACCGGAAGUAGAGCAGGGUCAGUCGAGAGAUCGUUCUUGCCAUAAAAGCGUGAAAAUCGUGUACAAUUAUUUAAUUCUUAAGCAUAAUUUCAAGGAGCGUUUAUCGUGAGGCAGAUGACGUGUGUUCAAGACUCGACGAAUUGAAGACAACAGCGCUCGCGAGUUCUAUAAUGGUAUCCGUGAGAGUUCGGUGUAUAGGACCGCAGAGGCGUCGAAAAAGAAACCAAAAAAUCGUUUAUCAAAGGAAGAAAGGAGAAUUUCCCCCCUCCCUGGCGAGUACUAAUGAGGAGUCAAUUAUUAAUCAAACUCUUUACCGAAAAAGAAUAUAAAAUAGGUCACGACGUCGAAGAAUGGAACGGCGUGACGAUUGGGCCCUCCUUAUAACGCGACGAGAAAAGUGUCAAAUGAAUUUCAAUAUCGAAUUCGCCAUCCUCCAGAGACGAGCGAUCGGCAACGAGUUCGAAAUCUUCUCUCGUUUCUCCCCCUACUUUAUCAUUCUUUUGUUUAUCUUUCGUUACUUCCAUUGCUUAUUCCUCUUUUUUUUACAUUUACGUUGAGGUGACAUUGUUAACAAAGACGUUUCUCUCUCUGCGGACAUGCCACAAACGUGCUAGUCAAAAUUCGAUCUAUCGGGAGGAUGGAAUAAUAUUCGUCGUUGCUGAAAGGGCCAUAUUCUAUAUCGAAGAUAAAACAAACCAUGAGAAUGUUGAAACCAACAAACGAGUAAUCCGCAGGCACACAAAACUAAUUCUAAACGAAUGUUGUACUAAUGAUAAUAUGUAUAUUCAUCCCAAGGCUUUCUGAGACGCGUUCUUUCAAAGUGUCAACCGAAAACCGAAUGAAAACUUCUAUCCCAAUCCCUUAACUCCUCCCUCGUAUUCCUCGUUCCUCUUUCUUUUUACGAAUUUAGAUGACUAACAACAGUCGGAUAUAAAAUACACGUUUAUGCUGUAACAAACUUUUAUUUAAUUACUUGAGUCAUUAUUCUUACUCAGUUAUGCUCUAUUUUUUUCGUCUGUACCUUCAGAACGUUAUUUCACCGUGGCGUACAGUAACAAUACCAACCCGUGUGUUUGUCACAUUAUUAUAUAUAUAUAUAUAUAUAUUUAAUUACAUAUAAUGAAACAUAAACAUAUAAAUAUAUAUAUUAAAAUAAUAAAGGAUACUCACUGCGUAAAAAGUCUAAAA